AGGCCCAACGCCGCCUCCGCGGAGGCACCGCCGAGAGAGGUGGUCCGGGAGGCGCGCUGCGGCUCGGACCCCCCCCCCCCGCGGGCCUCCAACCGGGGCGGCGAGGCCUCCCUCUCGGUGCCACAGUCGGGGCAUGUCUGGGGCGGCGGCGCAGGCUGUCGGGCCCACGGACUUUGAGGCGGCGACCUGGCCCGAGAGGGCCAGCUUCGAGGCCGCCUUUGUCGCCGCUGCGGCCGCCUAUGCGGCGCUGCUGGCGGUGGCGAGGGAGGCCCCCCUGUGGCACGACGGCGCCGUGCCGCUGGCCGCUGCCCUGGCCUCGUGCCUGGUGCAUGCGGUGACCCUGGCCGCACGCGUAAAGUGGCGUCGGAGCUUCUGGUUGCCAGUGUUCACCGUCGUUAUCGAUUGCGUGAUCUCGGCGGUCACGCACGUGGAAGUGCAGACCGCGUUCUGGAAAGAGCUCUACAAACCCUUCGGCGUCUCCGGGCAAGACACCUUGGUGCGAGACUUCGAAGGGAUGUUCGGUUGGCACAGCCUCUUCCACACCUCCCUGCUGUACGUGUCGCUGUCCUACAUGACGCACUUCGUGCUGCUUGCUCGCCACGCGACGCUCGCCUUGCUUCUCGGAGUCGCGGCCUUCGGCGGCGUGCUCUUCACGGCCCGGUCGGUCCUCGAGUCCCGGGGCCAGUUCCGGGACGCGCGGAGGGAGUGCAUGGAGAUGUUCCUCUUUGCGUUUGGUAUGGUGAUCCAAGUCGCAUCGAAGUUCCGCGCAGAGAGGUCGUCGCGGAAGAUCUUCGAGCAUCUGUCCGAGCUCCAGAUCGAGUCCCUGCGGCAGUCCUCCGAGGGUCCUCCCAGCAUCGCCGACGGCGGGUCUCACGACCCGCGGCCGAGCCCGCGGUGCGAGAGGCCGCGCGUGCCCUCCGGGAGGCGCGGCCCCGCCUCGCUCGGCCCCUCGGUCCAGAGCGCGCCCGCGGACAUGCUCCCGUCCGCCCUGCAGGUCCUCGCGGGCGUGCACGCGCUGCAGGACGCCGCGUGCCCGGGCGGCGCCCUGGACUGCUUCCAGCCCUCCGCCGCGGUGUGGGUCAGCGGGGAGGCGGAGCCCGUGCCGGUGGGCCGCCUGGUGCCCGGGCAGCGGGUGCUCUGCUUCGACUCGCUGGGGGGCUCGGUGAAGUACGCCCAGGUCUCCGAGGUGCUCGCCGACGCCGAGGCGCUGGAGUGGGUGGAGGUGGCCCUCGCGGACGGCACGACGCUCACCAUGACCUCGGACCACCCCGUGCAGCCCCUGGGGCAGCACGGGCGGCACCUCCGGGAGAAGCCAGUGCCCGCGUCGAGCCUCGUGCCGCUGCGCGACUCCGUGAUGGUCCACAGGGUCGCCACCCUGCCGGUGGCGGUGCACAGCGUGACGCGCAGGGAGGCCACGGCCGCGAUGCGCGAGCGCGUCUCGGUGUGCGUGCACCAGCCCGACAGGUACGCCAUCCUGGUGGUCACCGGCGGGGGCGCGCGCGCGAGCAGCAUGGCGGUGGGCUCCGCGGACGCGCGCGGGGCGCUGCAGCACCAGAGCCAGGUGAAGAACACCUUCGUGCACGUCUGCCCCGACGGGGGCGCGGGCAGGGCGCGCGCGGCCUCCGAGCCGCGGCCGCGCGGCGGGCGCGCCUGGGCGGUGGACUGUGCCAGCUCGGCCUCGUCCCUGGUCGUGGCGUCGCAGCUGAGCGCCCUCGUGCCGUGCGGCAGGGAGGGCCUCGAGGAGGAUGCGGAGCACGACGGUGCCACAUGCGAGCCUGUCGUCGGCCCCGAGGGCAGCGUGGAGAUCGUGUGUCACCAGAGCUUCGGUGGCCUUCCGCUUCAGCUUUUGCCACGCGGCAUGGAGGGCCUCCAGGCGUAUCAGGAGCGUGAUGGUGCCCACAGCCAGGCUCCCGUCAGUCCCGACGGCGUGGCGGAGGUCGUGUGUCGCCAGAGCAUCGGUGGCAUGUCCGCUCUCUUGCGCGAGGAGUCUCAGCCGGCGGCCGCCGCGGAGGGCGAGAAGCUGCCCAGCAUUGGCAGCGUCGGGCACCACGAGGGCGAGUGCCAGCCCUGCCAGCUGCACUUCAGGGGCAAGUGCCUUCGAGGCUGCAAAUGCAAUUUCUGCCACCUCCCCCAUCUCGGCGAUGAAGGUGCGAGGCAAGAAAAUCCUGCUGCCAGCCUGAGCGCGGGCCAGCGGGCUCGGCAGGGAGCGCGGCGGACGCUCUCACGGAGUGCGCCGCCCUCCGCUGGCGCCCACGCUGCUGCCGGGGUGGCUGCCUCGGGGGGCCCGGCGUCUCGAUGGGGCGAGGGGGGCCCGAAGGCUGUGGUGGCCAGCGAGCCCUCGAGGGGGAUCGAGGGGAGGCCCGCGGCGGGCGCCAGGACCCAAGAGGCCUCGGGGGUGGUCUCUGGGCGCGAGCGCCUCUGCCGCCACUGCAUGACCGCACCCUUCGGCCAGGCAGCAGCUGAGAUGCCUCAGUGCAGCGUGUCCCCGGCUCCUCAAGUGAAGGACACCGGCGGCUCUCCGUCCGAUGAUUCGAUGAGUAGUUAGGUUCAGUUGCAUGUUGUUAUGAGAUGCGUUUCGCGCGUGCCCGCUCGAUAACUCGGACCCUCAAUGGAUAACGGGGUCUCCGACCCCCUUCCUCCGUCA